AUCAUUGACGUUGUAUUUACGUAUACAACGUGUUUAUAAAUGUUCGAUGCCUGUUAAACUGGCUUUAUGAUUUCGCUAUUCAAAGCUUUCACACGCUUAAAUGUAGCAUUUAUUCAUGUUUUGAAACGUAAAGUGUCCACUUCUUGCUAUUUCGAGGCAAUGAAACUUUACACAGAUAAAUUUAAUCCUUUAACGCUACGAAUAUUAGUGGCAGACAAAUUAGCUGAAACUAACCUUACUGUUGAAUACGUCGAAAAAAAUGAAUCAUUAAAAAGGUUUCCCUUUCUCAAAGAAGCAAAGCUGCCAUUUUUGGAAGUGGAAAAUGAUCGUUACCUUUUUAGUGCAAAUGCAAUCACUCGGUAUCUAUUGAAAUGUGAGACUCGCAAAAGAUAUGAAAUAAAAGUUGAAAAUUUAUCCUUUGAAGACCAUUGGCUGGAAUGGGAUCUCUUGAAGUUGCAGUGUGAGGAGAUUUGCCCUCAUCCAAGAUGCCUGGAAUCAAAAUACGUGAUGAAGAUCGAGAAAAAAUCAACGCGAAGUAUAUUUGCACUCGCUGUCAUCUCCUCCUUGUCAAUCCAAUGCAGACAAUGUGUGGACACUUGUUUUGUCAAUCUUGUAUUAAUAUUAUACUUAGAGAUCCUGAUCCAAAAUGUCCUGAAGAUCAAGAAAAAUUGAGCCGAAAUGAUGUUUUCCCUGAUGCUUUUACGAAACGUGAGUUGAAAAGUAUUCGUUUACAUUGUCCUUCUGAACAAUGUGAAUGGUUUGGCUCCUACGAAGAAUUGGAAGGUCAUUCUCAAGUUUGUGAGCAUGCGCUCAUCAGCUGUGUUCACAAGCAGUGUAACAUUCAGUUACCUCGCUCUCUCCUUGGUGAACAUUUGAAGAAUGAAUGUGACUAUCGCAAUGUGAAAUGUGAACAUUGUGGUAAAGAUGUCUCGCAUGCUUUACUUAAGCUCUGUUCAAAAAUUAUUCGUCUCCUUUUGUCAAUAACGAAGAAUAUUGUGAAAUGUUUAAGUGCAGAAUUUGGUUGCUCGUCCUGCGUAUGUUAAGACAAAAGUCUAUUUACAAGGUUACACGACAACGGAUGACAUUCAAUUUCUGAACAUCAUUGUAAAAUAUUACCAAACUUUUUGGUUGAAACGCGAG